AUGGCCCAAGUCGUCAGAGUAGUUUCCAGUCUUGCUGAUGUUGACGGCGCGCUUCAAGAUCUGGACAUCAAUAACACGUAUGAAGCUGAUCAGGUUCGAUUUCAAUUGGAUGAGCGAGCCCCCCUUCAAGAUGCAGCAGCUAUCAGUCUGAGGACCCAUCCAGGAAGGCAUGGAUUCAUAUUGGUUAAUCCAGAGUUGUUGAAGUGCAAGUCUAAGACCAAGGGGACAUUAGAGGAGUCCUUCAACAACAUGCUUGACGCAUCCCUGGAGCGGAUGAAUCAAGAGAUGGAGGGAGUUGAAGCAAGCAUAGCAUUCCUGAAGGUCCUUGUGCUCUACGAUGACAAACAGAUGGCUCAGAUGGCACCUAAUGGACCUCCACUUCUCGAAAGAAAUCGGGGAGUACAACAUGCCAUCUAUCCACACCCUCCUUUCCCAGAAGAUCCUAGCUUUGAGCAUGCCACACCCCAACAGAGAGUCCCAUAUCAACAUGCUUAUGGUACACAACAAGAGAGGGAUGAGGCAGCUGCUCGUGACAGGCGUGCCCAGAGGGCCCUCUGGCAUGCCAAACUCCGGAUUUUGGAGGCAAGGCAGUCCAUCUUGAAGGACAAGAGGUCUGAGAUGAUGUCAAAGAUGAGGGUGGAGUUCAAGAGGAUUAUGGAGGAACCAUCUGACUUAGGGGUUGGUUACGCGGACUAUGAAUUUCCUCCAUUGGCGUAG